UGGCAAUGUAGCAUUCACAAACUAUCAAUUAGGUUAUGGGACUGUCAAUUGACAAGAGUCAUUUACUGGAUUAACAUUCUUUCAUAGCACUUAAAAUGUUAAUACUAAAUUUAGUGGUUGCGGUUUUAUUUAGUUUAUUUGUCUCUGUUAUCAGUUUAGAACAGGAUAGUUCCAUUAGUAUAGAAUUAUUACAUUCUUUAACAGGAAUCAAACAACCACAAUUUACAGAAAGAGGAAAUAUUACAAUACAUAGUCUACGUUCUGGUCAAGCUAUUGUAGACCAGAAACCCUUAUCUCAUCAGGAAAAGUUGCAACUGCAGACACUUGCUGAUAAAAAUCAAUUUUACCAAAUUAAAGCAAUUGUUACUGCUGCUGAUGGGGUAAAGCAGGAAUUUAUAUCAACUUUAAAGGCUUGUAUGUUAGCAGAAGCUGGUUUAGAUGAAAGGCUUUCAGUUUCUUUGGAUUAUACAGGCAGAGUUGUUGGUAUUACAACUUUAGUCGCAUCAAAGAGUACCUGUGAAGGGGCUGUAGUCCCUUUAUCUAGUCUUCAGAAAUUUAACACACAUGUGUAUGUUAGACAUACAGAAACUGGUCCAAUGCCAGACACAAAUUCAUACAUUCAGAAGUUAGAGCGGGAAAGAGAAGCACGUGAGAAAGGAGAAACCAAAGAUAACAGAUCUUUCAUUGCCAAAUAUUGGAUGUACAUUGUACCUGUGCUAAUAGUAAUGCUUGUAUCAACUGCUGGUGCGAAUCCAGAGCAAGGAGGAAAUUAAAAAAUAGCACUGUUUUCUAAUUUAUUAAUUUAAAAUAAAGUAACAAGUCACAAGGAA